GUUUCGUACCGCGUUCUGCGUUCGCGUUCGCGUCGCGUCUGUCGAAUCGCGCCAAUACAAGUUGAAAAUUCGCGUCCGUCGUCCAUCCGCGAUGUGAUGCGCUCCACGCGUUGAAAUCUUUGAAAUUGUCAAUCGUAAACUUCUCUCUCUACUUUACAGUGGUUACGAUUGCGCGGGUGUGUGCCGCAGCUACAUUCAGGCAUUAUAGCUUCGAGCUAUCUAUCACUCUGAAGAUAUCCUAUGAUCAUCGAUAAAAUAUCUGACAUGUUUCGGUACACGCGAGACAGCGAACUUGGUCGAUCUCGCCUGGAAUACCUCGCAUGUAUAUGUAUUACAGAGUGAAACGUAAGAAGAGACUCGCCGGUCGUUUCACGAAUGACAAGUGCGCGUUAUAUACGCUAACAAAGUUCAACAAAAUAUACAAAACGGUAUAUCGCUCCGAAUUCUGAAUUUUGCUACCGGAAGUGCCGCAAGUGUCGAAAGUGUCGAAAAGUACUUGAAAGUGCCGGAAGUCUUGAGCGAUACUGUCGAGGUCGCGACAAUUUGGAACGUAAAUCGUAACGUAGAUUCUGGAUUCGAAACCUGUUCCACACACGGACUACACUCCCGCUCGUUCUCCGAGUUCAAUGGCAUUCGCCACUUGGGCCACAGACAUUGUACAGACAUUUUUCUCAAGCGACGCAUACGCGAGGACAAAAGGUGUACUUGAAUUCUCACUCUGUCUGGCGGCAAUGCUACAUUUGCGAAUAUAACGAUUUGAAAGAUUCCUCUCUCCGCGUGAUAAGAAUAUUUCUUCUAUACAACGAGAAUAAGAACUUGGCGAAGCUUUGCCAAAAUUUCUCGAUCAGCGAUUAACAAUAAAAACGUCGCAAUGUAAUCUCAGGAUGAGCGCAAACGCAUCGAGCGGAUAAACGUGCGCGAGCCAGGCAAUAGGGAUACAAAGGGAUCGAGGAAGGAGGAAAGCGAUGGUGGUGGAGUGGCUAUGCCCUGGACUCAGGCCGACCAGGAGCAACAGGCCUCGUCUUUUACACUGUAAAGUGAUACUUCUGGACGAGCACGAAUUGUUACAAGACGUCUUGAGCUCGAACCUAGGUCAAGAACUGUUGGAUAGAGUAUUCAAGCAUCUUAACUUACUGGAAACUUCUUAUUUUGGAUUACGCUAUCUUGAUCACGGAAAUCAAACGCAAUGGCUCGAUCAAAGCAAAAAGCUCGGUAAACAAUUGAAGGUUCAUAAAGGAGAUCCUGGAUCGGAUGUUCACACUCUCUACUUUGGAGUUAAAUUCUACGCGGCAGAUCCGUGUAAACUCAUUGAAGAGAUUACCAGAUACCAGUUUUUCCUACAAAUCAAGCAAGAUAUUCUACAGGGAAGACUGCCCGUAUCCUUUGAUUUAGUUGCGGAAUUGGGAGCCUACGUUGUUCAAUCGGAACUUGGUGAUUAUGAUCCUAGACGACACUCGCCUGGAUAUGUCACGGAAUUUCGGUUCCUCGCCAAUCAAACUACGGAACUGGAGAAUCGUAUAGUAGAAAUCCAUAAAACUCUUAUAGGACAAUUACCCUCGGCGGCAGAAUUAAAUUAUCUGGAUAAAGUAAAGUGGUUGGAAAUGUAUGGGGUAGAUUUACAUCCUGUGUUGGGCGAAGAUAGCGUGGAAUAUUUUUUGGGCCUAACACCGAGCGGAAUAAUAUUGCUACGCAACAAAACCAAAGUAGGAAAUUACUAUUGGCCUCGAAUUAAUAAAAUCUACUAUAAGGGUAGAUAUUUCAUGCUGAGGGUGAGUGAAAAAAAUUCCGAGGAAAGAACACACGGUUUCGAGACACCAUCGAAAGGGGCCUGCCGUCAUCUCUGGAAAUGUUGCUUGGAGCAUCAAGCUUUUUUCCGAUUAAUGGCAACCGGUCCACCGCCUCUGAGUCCGUAUUCUCGUUUUCAUUCAUACAGUCCUCCGUCCACUUUGGAGAAACAUACAGCUAUUAGACGAAAUCCACCUCCGUUUCAAAGAACUCCCAGUCGGAGAGCACAAAGACGAGUUGUGGAAGGUCAAGAAAUGGUCGGAUCAUUCAUCGAAACACCCGUCGCCGUAAUCACGAAUCCAGGUUGUAAUUCAUCCAGUGGUAAUGUUCCGUGCAAUACGCAAAGGCAGAUGAACACCUCGAGUCCGAGAAGCACGAGAAGUGCACCGUGGACGCAGAGUCAACCCCGUGGUCUUUACACCUCGUCUAGUCCUCGCUCGGUUCGCUCCGCAGGAACGGCGCCGGCACUCUUAAGUAGACUUCAACGUCGCAGCAGUUCGGUAGAGAGUCAAAGCUCAGGAGAUAGUCAUAGUCGCGGUGGUCACCGUAGAAGAAGUCAUAGUCAUAGUCACCGUCGACACAGUAGACAUUCUGACUGCGAGUCUGAGCUCUCGAGAUGUUCGGACACAAGAUCCGGCCACCGGAAACAUCGUAGAAAACACAGGAAUUCCCGUUCCAGCAGACACGAAUUGGUAGAUUCGGAGCCACAAUGGAGAGAAGCGCAAAAACGAAAAGGAGAAGGCGUGCAAAAAGCUAUCGUAAGUCAUACAGAGCCUAGAAGAAGACAUAGAAGCAGACAUCGAAGUCCUUCCCAAAAACAGUCACUGCCGGAUGAACUUCGAAAACACUUGGAAUUUGGCCUAGUCGAUACUAGUGGGAUGAGUGAGCAGCAACGUCGAGAGAUAUCCUACACGGUGGUACAGUCGCAGUCUGUACAACAAUCUCCUCUACCAUCUAACAAUUCUCGAUUGGACGACACAGAUUCAUCGUCCCUACCUAGAACUAUUGGAUCCAUUGGCAAAAGAGAAAGAAGAAUCGUGCGGCAUAAUCAUGAUGGACGUGCUUAUAAUUUACUGUCCGCAACAUCCAAUCGAGUCGGGGCAAAAUCUCCCGGAAUUCGAAACGAAUGUAACACCAAGAGGGAUUUUUAUUAUACUCGUAACAACAGAGUGUCAAUAGCGAAUAAUACAGACAGUGGACUCGGGGAGAGCACACCGCAGGACUUUUCAAGCUGCCGCUCGAGUUCUGCAGACAGCAAUAAACCUAUUCACAUAACACAAAUGCAAUUAGGGGGAGAGGUACUCUAUGAACUGCCUUCAAAUCAAGAAAUCUACCCUCCUAUUGAUAUUACUUUGGAUGCUGUUCUUCAACCCAUUAUAUCGUAAGUGCUUACUUUGUGCUUCUUUCUUAUUCGAUAUUAUCUCUGUGAUCAUUAAAUCAAAUUUCCAUUUGUUUUAAAUCUGGCUUUAUUAAUAUCUAACAAAUUAAGUACGAAAUAUAGUUAUAAUGUAAUUUUUCGAUAGAUAUCAUAACGAUAUCGAUAAAUUUUUAAAAAAUCAAUAUUUUAAGCAUAAAGAGAGAGGAAAGUAUCCUCUCUAUACAGUAUAGUUUUUCUAUAGUAUCGUUUCAAGUUUAAUUUAUAAAUUCCAUUGUUUCAGAACUUUAACGAGGAGGCAACGGAACCAUCCACAAUAAUCACAAAACUUUAAUACAAAAUAAAGCA